AACCAAAUUUGAGAAAUGGCGAAAUUGAGGCUCUCGGAACAUCUAUUUUUCGUUCGAUAAUUCCAAUUUUCUAACUAAAAUAAUGCAAUGUUAUUAGUCUGUUUACGAUAUUUACUAAUAUUUAUUUUAAGUGACUUGUUUGUACGACAGUGACUCCUAUGAAUCUUCUUGUGUUAAAUACAUUUUGUUACAGUGCUGGGUAUCUAGUCAGUUUUAAUUUAUAAAUUCUUUCCACUUUACAAUUUUAGAGUGACAAUGAAUAACUGUGGAUCUGGAGUUGGAGCUGCAAUGGCCACAGGCGCUGGUGCUUACGACACCAAAAUAGCUGGCUUGUACGAUUUGCUUGAUACUCUGGGUUCUGGACAUUUUGCUGUUGUGAAAUUAGCAAGACAUGUAUUCACUGGUGAAAAAGUUGCUGUGAAAGUUAUUGACAAAAGUAAAUUAGAUGAGGUCUCAAAAUCCCAUUUAUUUCAAGAGGUUCGUUGUAUGAAAUUAGUACAACACCCCAAUGUGGUGAGAUUAUAUGAAGUGAUUGACACACAGACUAAACUAUACCUAAUAUUAGAGUUAGGUGAUGGAGGGGAUUUAUAUGAUUACAUAAUGAAACAUGACUCGGGUCUCUCAGAAUCUCUCGCUCGUGAUUAUUUUCGCCAAAUCGUACGCGCAAUCUCAUAUUGCCAUAGGUUACAUGUUGUACAUCGUGAUUUGAAACCGGAAAAUGUAGUCUUUUUUGAAAAGUUAGGUGUAGUAAAAUUGACUGAUUUUGGUUUUAGUAACAAAUAUUGUCCUGGACAAAAAUUAGAGACGUCAUGUGGAUCGUUGGCGUAUUCAGCCCCUGAGAUAUUGUUAGGUGAUUCGUAUGACGCUCCCGCGGUUGACGUGUGGUCUCUAGGUGUAAUUUUAUACAUGUUAGUUUGUGGACAAGCACCAUUUCAAGAAGCGAAUGAUAGUGAAACUCUUACAAUGAUUAUGGAUUGUAAAUACAUUAUACCCCCACAUAUAUCAAAUUCUUGUAAAAGGUUAAUAGGAAGAAUGCUAGUCAGGGAACCGGAGAAGCGGGCUACUCUGUCUGAGAUAGCAACAGAUCCAUGGGUGACCGCUGGAGAGGGUAUCGCUGUGGAAGAUUUUGAUGCUCCCCUUGUUACAAAGGAACAGCUAUCAGAAGAAGACCGAUCGGCUAUUUUACAGAGGAUGGUGAAUGGUUCUAUCGCAACAAAAGAACAUAUAUUGGAGUCUCUAGAAAAGAAUGAUUAUAAUCACAUAACUGCCACAUACUACCUGCUUGCGGAAAGGAAACUGCGGGCUAAAAGGCAAGCGGCGCGCGCUGCCCGGCGGCCGGAGGCGCUGGGCGUGCCGCUGUGCGCGGCGCGCGGCCGCUCGCUGCUG